AUGAACCUCGUGGGCAGCUACGCACAUCAUCACCACCACCAUCACCAUCACCACCCGCACCCCGCGCACCCCAUGCUCCACGAGCCUUUCCUCUUCGGCCCGGCCUCGCGUUGUCAUCAGGAGCGACCCUACUUUCAGAGCUGGCUCCUGAGCCCCCCUGCCGAUGCAGCCCCGGACUUCCCUACUGGGGGGCCACCGCCCACGGCUGCCGCCAACGCAGCCGCUUACGGCCCAGACGCCAGGCCGGGCCAGAGCCCCGGGCGGCUGGAGGCACUUGGCGGCCGCCUGGGUCGACGGAAAGGCCCGGGACCCAAAAAGGAGCGGAGACGUACGGAGAGCAUCAACAGCGCGUUCGCAGAGCUGCGCGAAUGCAUCCCCAACGUGCCGGCAGACACCAAGCUCUCCAAGAUCAAGACUCUACGCUUGGCCACGAGCUACAUCGCCUACCUGAUGGACGUCCUGGCCAAGGACGCCCAGGCCGGUGACCACGAGGCCUUCAAGGCUGAACUCAAGAAAGCCGAUGGCGGCCGCGAGAGCAAGAGGAAAAGGGAGCUGCAGCAGCACGAAGGCUUUCCUCCCGCCCAGGGCCCCGGCGAGAAGAGGAUUAAAGGGCGCACCGGCUGGCCGCAGCAAGUCUGGGCGCUGGAGCUAAACCAGUGA